CUGGGAGCGGCUGCUGCGGGGCUGGACGCUGGGUCCCGGGGAGGGACAUCCCUCCCAGGCUGGAAAAAUGUGGGUGCCGGCGGGUUGGAUGGGGUGGCCUCAGGUGCCAGCUCGGCGUGGGGCACGCAUCCAUCUUCCCUGGGGUGUGCUCCUGCAAUAGGAGCUCGCUGUGCUCAGGGUCCGACCCACAGGGUGGGACUCGAGCUCGACCAGGCGGACACCAAGAUGCUGCUUCGCCCCGUGCCCUUCCCAAAGCUCCUCGGAUGAGCCACCGUGUGUUUCCCUCCAACAUCUGCCUGCGAUUCCCACCUCUGGCGGAGCGGGGCUGUGCCGGGACAGCCUGGCUGCGUUCCUCCCACGCGCGCCGGAGGAAGCGGGUUUGGGUUUGGGACCUCGGAAACUGCUGCUGGGGAGGAGGAGAGGGGGAAAUGCUUAAAUGAGAAAAAGGCAGAGCAGCUGCCUGGGAGCAGCGGCAGGGGUGCAGGCAGGGGUGCAGGCAGGGGCACAGCGCACAGGGGCCGGCAGUGGUGAGCAGAACCCACCCUGCUCAUCCGCCUGCCUCCCAGGGGUGUUUGUCUGUCCUGUCCCUGGGUGUCCCUUGCACCCUUAGCACCCGCGGGUGCUGUGGGAGAACAAGCACUGACCCAAGGGCACCCCGGUUUCCCCAGUGCUGGGGGAGCGCUCGUGGGGACCCCGCACAGGCACGCGCUGGUCCCGGCCCCGUUUCACAGCAUCACGCGGGUAAAAGCGCGAUGCACUUCGACAGCUCAGGCAGGAUCUUGUGUGCUCAAAAGCUGGUCUGCUUAUUGUAUUUGAUUUUAUUUGAUUUUAUUUGAUUCCCCCCCCCCCCCCAACCUGUAUCAGUACCUCCAGUAAAAGCGUUGCCCACGGGCGUUGGGGGAGGCAGCAGGCAGUGCUGGCAGCCUGCCCGUCUCUGUAAAUGCCUGGUGCGGGCAGCUGAGAGCUCGGGCAGCACCCGCUGCCGGGAGGGGCUGAGCAUCCCCUGCCCUCCCUGGGCAUGGCCGUGUCCCCGGUGUGCGGAUCCGGCCGAGCUCCCCCCCGUUUCCCCGUAACCCCGGUCAUAUCCGUCUCCCGCCCGUCUGGGCCAGCCACGGAAGAGCUUUCGCCCAGAAAAGCUGGAUUUGAACAUUUUCUGCUGUUCUCUCCGUUUCCUGUUGCCUUCCCAAGAACAACAUCCCUGACCUCAUCCUCCCCCGGUGAGCGCAGUGAUGCUGCUGAUGCGCGAGCCGCCCGUCGGGAAUCCCACCCCGGCGCCCACGGGCUGGGCUCAGCCUUCCCUGGGUACCAAGACAAAUACAGCUGCGGGAUGACGGGGCCGGCGGCGGCUGCCUGGACCGAAAGGCUAUUUUGGGUAGAUCCUGUGCUCAUUUUUGUUGAGCUCCGUCCCUAGACCCGCGCGGAGGGAGCUGCCUUUGUGCCGUGGGACGCUGAACCGCUGCUUCUCCCCGCAUCCCGACAGGCGUCCGGCCGUGGAGCCGUGCUCACGGGGAGGCAAGAUAAUGGCGCUUUCCAAUUUGUCCUAUUACUUGGACGAUGUCGAUAACUACAGUGACUACCCAGAUUACACCAGUGAGGACACCAGCAAUGUGUGGACAGACCAAUCCCACGACCCAAAGGAUGUUGCGAGGAUCCUUUCCGUCAUCAUCUACACGGUGUCCUGCGUGUUGGGCAUCCUGGGCAACGGCCUCGUCAUUGCAAUCAUAACUCUGAAGAUGAAGAAGUCAGUCAAUGCCAUCUGGUUCCUUAAUCUGGCCGUCGCAGACUUCCUCUUCAACAUCUUCCUGCCCAUAAACAUUGCUUACACGGCCAUGCGGUACAACUGGAUCUUUGGGACAGUCAUGUGCAAGUUGAACUCCUUCCUCCUCAUCCUCAACAUGUACACCAGCGUCCUUCUGCUCACCACCAUCAGCUUUGAUCGCUACGUGUCAGUGGUUUUUCCUGUCUGGUCUCAAAACCAUCGGUCGACCAACCUAGCGUAUUUGGUUUGCUUAAUUAUCUGGACCGUUGGCAUCAUUAUGAGCUGCCCGUCUCUUGUCUUCCGAGACACGGCACAAGCCCGCAACUCCGUGAUUUGUUUUAGCAACUUUUCCCUCUCCAGGAAUAAGUCUUACCAAGCCCUGGCACUAAUGAGGCACCGAACGGUGAACAUCACCAGGUUCCUCGCCGGGUACAUCCUUCCCAUAACCAUCAUCACUUUCUGCUACAUCGCCAUCGUCUUCAACUUGCGUCGAAACCGCCUUGCCAAGUCCAAAAAGCCCUUCAAGAUCAUCGUCACCAUUAUAGUCACCUUCUUCCUUUGCUGGAGUCCCUACCACCUGCUGAACCUCCUGGAAACACAGCCUGACGCGAUCCCGCGCUCUGUGUUUGAGAUCAGCAUCCCCAUAACCACAGCGCUCGCUGCCUCCAACAGCUGCAUGAACCCCGUCCUCUACGUCUUCAUGGGCCAGGACUUUAAGAAGUUUAAGGUCACCAUACUUUCCAGACUGGUGAACGCCCUCAGUGAGGAGACUGGCCACUCCAGCAUCGUUCACAGGAGCUUCUCCAAGAUGUCUUCAAUGACUGAGAAGGAGACGACAGUCCUCUAAACUCAACCUGGAUGCCUGCUGGAGGGCCACAUGCCUCUGGUGUUGCCCAUGCCCACCACUAUGAUGGUGGCCACCCUUGUGGUGGCCCCUGGUGUGGGACGAGCAUGGUCCAAUGCUGUCCUAUAGCAUUUUCUUUGACUGGUCUUGCUGCCUGGGGGCUGGCAGGCAUUGGAGACCAUCGCUCUGUGCACGUGGAGAAGACACAACCAUCCUUAGUCUUUCUUUGCAAUUGCAAAGGUGAUUGCACCAAACUGUUUAAGAAAACUCUUCAGGGCAUUCCUGUCUAAUCUAUGCAUUGCCUGGCCUGACGAGGGCAUUCCUGCCAUUUCCAGAGACAUCGUUAUGGAGAGACUGGGUGGAGGAUGUGUCUGGGAAGGCACCUCUGUUGCCAGGCUCCUGAGAUGGGUGGCUGGGUGGGCACCCACCAUGGAUGAUACCUGCUAUGGCAAAACUGGUGACUCUCUUCCUAUGUCCUGUGUAUGCAUAUAGCUACUCAUGUUAAAGUCCUAAAGUAUAUUGGUACCAGCACAA